AUGUCUGGGCCCAGCGGAGACAAGCGGGCCGAGAUCUACACGCAUGAGUCCGCGGACCCCAUCUACGCCCUCAAUUGGAGCGUGCGCACUGACAAGCCCUUCCGCCUGGCCACCGGGAGCUAUGUCGAGGACCAGAACAACCACAUCGACAUCAUAGUCUUGGAUGAGGCGCGGGAGCAGUUCCAGGCCGACCCGCGGCUGUCUUUUGUGCACCCAUUCCCGGCCACCAAGCUCAUGUUCCUGCCCGUGAAGGACCCCAACCAGCCAGACCUGCUGGCCACCACCUCUGACUUCCUCAGGAUCUGGUCCAUCAGCGAGGACGGGGUGGCCCUGGAGAAGCUGCUGAACAACACCAAGACGAGCGAGUACUGCGAGCCCAUCACCUCCUUCGACUGGAACCACCUGGAGCCUCGGCGGCUGGGCACCGCCAGCCUGGACGCCACCUGCACGGUGUGGGACAUCGAGCGGGGGUGUGUAGACACGCAGCUCAUCGCGCACGACGGCGAGGUGUACGACCUGGCCUGGGGCGGGGCCACCAUGUUUGCCUCCGUCUCCGCCGACGCCUCGGUGCGCGUGUUCGACCUGCGCGACCGCGACCACAGCACCAUCACCUACGAGUCGCGGGGCGGGGAGGCGCUGGUGCGCCUGGGCUGGAACCGCGCCGACCCGCGCUUCAUGGCGGUGCUGGCCGCCGGGUCGGCCGAGGUGGCGGCGCUGCAGUGGUCCGCCGCACAGCCGGACUGGGUGGCCAUUGCCUUUGGGAACAACGCGCAGGUGCUGCGCGUUUAG